AUGCGCACCACAAGGCCGAGGAUGAUGUCUCACCGGCUCGUCCUGUCCGUGGCCAUCGUCGCGGCCCUGCUUGUGCCCGGAGCCACGGGAUACCCGUGGAAGGACUGCGGCGACGGCCAAUUCGCGGCCGGCAGCAAGUACCUGGCCAACAUCAACCUCCUCGCGGCCUCGCUCCCCAAGAACGCCGCGGUGUCCCCGGACCUCUUCGCCACCGCCGAGGCCGGCGCCGCCCCGGACAAGGUCUGGGCCCUCGCGCUCUGCCGCGGCGACGCUAACGCCACGUCCUGCCUCAGCUGCCUCGCCCAGGCCUUCCGGGACCUGCCCAACGUGUGCGACUACAGCAAGGUGGCCACCAUGUACUACGACUCGUGCACGCUCCACUACUCCAACGCCUCCCGGGACCCGGCGCCGGUGGCGGCGCGGACGUAUAGGUACUGGGAGAGCACAAAUGUCACGUCCGAGCAGGCCCAGUUCAACAGCCUCGUGGCCAGGCUCGUGAACGCCACCGCGGACUACGCCGCGUACAACUCCACGCGCCGGUACGCCUCCGGGGAGGCCGACUUCGACCGGGAGUUUCCCAAGAUCUACAGCUGGGCGCAGUGCACGCCCGACCUCACCGGGCCGCAGUGCCGACAGUGCCUCGCCAAGAACACGGUGCUGCUGCCGGAGUAUUUCGUGGAUAGCACAGGAGCCAGAGCUCUGCAGGUCAGGUGCAGCUUCCGGUACCAGACCUAUUCCUUCUUUGAUGGCCCUGUCAUGGUGCGGCUGCCAGCACCAUCAUCGAGCACCCAAGCACCCGCGCCUGCUCCUGCGCCUGUUGCGGUACCCACGGGUUUGACGCCGAAGCCGGCGACGGCAUCCACAGAAGAUCCCAGUUAUUUCGCCGACGAGGAGGACAAUGAAAGUGUAGACUCGAUGUUGAUUGACAUUUCAACCUUGCGAGUUGCAACCGGGAAUUUUGCAGAUAGCAACAAGCUUGGUGAUGGCGGAUUUGGUGCCGUGUACAAGGGUAUUCUUCCAGACGGUGACGAAAUAGCAGUGAAGAGACUAUCAAAGAGCUCAACACAAGGAGUAGAGGAGCUCAAAAAUGAACUCUCUUUGGUUGCAAAGCUUAGGCACAAGAACCUUGUCACACUUCUUGGCGUCUGCUUGGAGCAACAAGAGAGGCUGCUUGUCUACGAGUUCGUUCCUAACCGAAGCCUCGACCUCUUCCUUUUCGAUGCUGAGAAACAUGUAGAACUGGAUUGGGAAAAGAGGUACAAGAUCAUUAAUGGAAUUGCUCGAGGAUUGCAAUACCUCCAUGAAGACUCCCAGCUCAGAGUGGUCCACCGUGAUCUCAAAACUAGCAACAUAUUGCUUGACAAAGAUAUGAAUCCGAAGAUAUCAGAUUUUGGAAUUGCGAGACUAUUUGGGCAAGACCAGACCCAUGGAAUAACGAAACAUGUCGUCGGCACAUACGGAUAUAUGGCACCGGAGUACGUGAUGUGUGGGAACUACUCUGUGAAAUCUGAUUCAUUCAGCUUCCGCGUCAUGGUUCUUGAGAUUGUGACGGGAAGGAAGAACAAUGACUACAAUAAUUCUGAGAAAUCUCAAGAUCUUCUGAAUGUGAUGUGGGACCGUUGGAUGGCCACAACAGUGUUGGACAUGAUGGAUCCGUGCAUGAACACCAGCUUCUCAGAGAGCUGCGUGCUAAGAUGCAUCCAUAUAGGGCUUCUGUGUGUUCAAGAAAACCCGGCUGAUCGACCACUUAUGUCGUCUGUGGUCAUGAUGCUCGGAAGCGAUACCGUGCCUCUCUCUGCCCCAUCUAAGCCGGCGUUCUACACCAAGGAGGCUAGCGACAACUUGGGCAUCGAGUCACAUCACCGUCGGCUCCAUCUUCCUGCCGGAGACACCCAACGGCCUCGUCCGACAAGGUAAAGACCAUUUAGUGGUCAAGGCAUUACUGCACAAGAUGAGAGGCUUUGAAGCCGUCGACCAAGAGCUAGAUGAUAUCAUCGCUGCUAACAUCCUAGCUACAAAGCCCGGCGACAACGGCAUGCACAUGAUCUUGUCACAGC